AUGGCUGAGGCUGCUGAUGCCCCGCAGCACAUCCAGCUGAAGGUGAAAGACCAGCAAGGCAGCGAGGUCCAGUUCAAAAUCAAGAAGACAACUCCUCUGAGGAAGCUCAUGGAUGCAUAUUGCAGCCGCCUGGGCCUACAGGCUUCCCAGGUUCGGUUCAUGGUGGACGGAGAGCGAAUCGCUGCCGAUGACACGGCCGAGAAGCUGGGACUCGAGGACGAGGAUUUGAUUGAUGUGGCCAUGGAGCAGACAGGUGGCCGCUGA